UUAUGCGCGAACUUGACAUGCGUUGAAGUGAGAAAUCGGCGCGAGGCGAGCUUUUGUCAUCAUUCGAACCUGGAUCCUUUUGUGUGAAGUGUCACUGAUUUGGUUUUCAGUCAUACGUCGACCCUCUAGUCUUCUGCAACAAUGGCAUCUUUAAGUGAUAUUCAGGUCAAGGAGCUGGACAAGCGUGCCUCAGGACAAGCUUUUGAGGUUAUCCUUGGGAGUCCUGCUCCAGACGCCAAGGUGGAGUUCCCUCUCUCUCCUCUGAAGAAGAAGGACCUUUCCUUGGAGGAGAUCCAGAGGAAGCUAGAUGCUGCAGAAGAGAGACGCAAGUCUCAUGAAGCCGAGGUUCUGAAACACCUAGCAGAGAAGCGUGAGCAUGAGAAGGAGGUGCUUCAGAAAGCUCUAGAAGAAAGCAACAAUUUCAGCAAGAUGGCAGAAGAGAAACUGAACCAGAAGAUGGAAGCCAACAAAGAAAAGCGUUCGGCCAUCAUGGCAGCCAUGAGCGAGAAGUUCAAAGAGAAGGACAAGAAGCUGGAAGAGGUUCGAAAAAACAAAGAAAACAAAGAGGUCGGCUGUGAGGAAAACUGAGACCUACAGUUAGAGGGGAUCCUGGUGGGGUUUUUACGCAUCCAAAGAUUUGUUCACAUGAGAGGGGGAAAAAACUAAACUGAGGAGUCAUCAUGGGUUCAUGUUCAAAAAACAAACACCUGCAGCGUUCGGUUCACAUACAGCAGUGGUUUCCACUUUGAUUAACUCUCCUUCACUUAUCUGUGUGCUAUUUAGACCGCAGCUUCGUCAUUGUCUGGUAUUUGCUGUCUUCUCUUGUAGGGACCCAUGUAUGAUGUUUAACAUGCUUGUGUGCUGUAUUUCUUCAGCUUUUUGCUUUUUCUUGAGGUUAGAAGCUUGUUUGUGUGUUUUUUUUCCUCAAGCACAUGACUGUUCUUUGUACAAGUUUAGACUGCGUCUUGGAGGCCUUUACAUGUGAAAUUAGCAAUACAUGUUAUCUUUGACAGUUAACUUGUCAACUUAAUGGUUGUACCAAAUAAAAUAAGUAA